UAUAAAAUAAUUUUGACUGAUGUAAAAAGUUUAAAUUCGUAGGUAGUGUUUUUAAACAUUUUAAUACACAUUAUUUUUUUUAUCUUAAAGAGAACACAUUAUAUUUUAUGUUAUAUUGUGCAUCUACCGUCAUUCGCCGAGAGCCAAAAACCUGAAGUACAAAUUACAAUAUCAAUAAUGACGAUGCAGGAAGAAGAAAACUUAUGGAACUCUAUGUUGAUCUCGCUAAAGGAAAAGGGAGGAACGCGUUUACCUACUGACAAAUCUAUGAUUAUCAUUGGCGACAAAGAAUGUGGUAAAACUACUCUUGUAGCUAAACUGCAAGGAAUCGAUGACUUAACCAAAGGUAUCGGUUUAGAGUAUGCCUACAUUGAUAUAAGAGAUGAAUAUAAAGAAGAUCACACCAAACUUAAUGUAUGGGUUCUAGAUGGAAAUCCUAAGUAUUCGUUUUUAUUGAAAUUCGCCUUAACCCAGAAACAGUUCAAAAACACAUUAAUAAUGUUUGUGGUGUCCAUGAAAACACCUUGGAACAUUAUGGACCAAUUGGAAAGUUGGGCGACAUUGUUGCAAGAUUAUAUUGACAAUCUUUCAAUUCCCAGCGAGGAACUUAUGGAGUACCGUCAGCAAUGUAUAAAAAAGUGGAAUGAAUACAUUGAAGAAAAUGUUGGCGAUAAAAAUGGCUAUUGGGAACAUGCACUCGGGGAUGGAGUGCUUACGAGGAACCUCGGCCUUGAUGUCAUAGUUGUUGUAACAAUGACCGACUAUAUCAGUGUGUUAGAAAAAGAAAACGACUACAAAGACGAACAUUUUGAUUUUAUACAACAAACGGUGCGCAAAUUUUGUUUACAAUACGGAGCAUCGCUCUUUUAUACGUCAGCUAAGGAAGACAAAAACUGUGAUUUACUAUAUAAGUUUUUAACUCAUAAGAUUUACAAUUUUCCAUUUAAAACGCCAGCACUAAUUGUCGAGAAAGACGCUGUAUUUAUACCGUCUGGCUGGGACAGUAUGAAAAAAAUCAGUAUUCUCUACGACAAUAUGCAAUCAAUGAGACCGGAUGAGUUUUACAAUUCAGUCAUCAGCAAAGUAGUCACAAGAAAGACGUUUACCAAAGACCACGAGGUCCAAGCAGAAGACGAACAAAAUUUUUUGAACAAACAGUUGGGUCUGUUGAACCAAAGUGCGAACCAACAAUCCGCGAUUGGUAUUCCCAGACAGGACUCGGUGAUGAGAUCUCUUACGGGGGUGUCCAAGCCAGGAGAGAGACGCGUGUCACUGACGAGUCAGGGUCAAGGUUCGCCGACUAAAAAGAUUGAUCCGGUCAAGACGAACAAUACAGCCACACCGGGCGAAGGUGUUUUAGCAAACUUUUUCAAUUCCCUUUUACACAAAAAGUCUAAUCAGAGUCCGGUCAUGUCGAAGUCUCCAGGUGAACUAUCGGGCUCAAAAUCAUUGUCGCUUGACCACACAGAAUAUCCCACAGACACAGCUGCCGAAUUAGACAAAUUAGCCAAGAAAACGUUAAAUCUUUCUAAUAGUCUUUCAACUGAAACAAGUUCUAUUGACAACGGAGCCGGAGAACUAACUACAUCUCUAGCCGAACAGUCGUCUUCAGAAUGUUAGUUCAGGGUUACAACACACUAUUUGUAUUCUUUCCUAAAAUUGUGAUAACAUGUAUUUAAUGUUACGUGCAAUUCUUAUAUAUUUUUUAACCCAUGACCGAACAUAUAUAUUUUAUAACAUAUUAUUAUUAUUAAUAUUAAUUUAUUUUAUUAAUCCUAUAGAUUUUACUAAUUUAUUAUUAACGUAUUACCCCAAAAAAAUCUUACCUUUAUUACAUACUUCUUUCAUAAAUAUAUCCAAAGUCAUUUGAAAAGUAGAUAGUUAGGCUAACUAAUAUAACUAGAAACUUAAGUUUUUGUAUAUUGAAUUUUUUUUCAUACUAUAUUUUAAAUAAAUGUGAAGGUGUUCUCAUAUAUUUUUUAUGAUUUAGAAUAAAACACGAACAAUUAUGUAUUAAACAAAUAUUUUUUAACCCUUUUAAUAAUG